GAUCCAUCGUGGAAGGGCCACUCAUCUCAAGCAGCCACUUCAGCAAGCUACAACCCGGCGGCGAAGUGGAAGCCAACUCUCGAGCGAGCUCCUGGCAAGCCUCACUUCAUCGACACCGUCCAGGAGCUUUUCGAACAUGCCGAGCACGCUGAGCACGAAGAGAAGUGGGUG